AUGCGAAGGAGCAGGCCCACGGUGAGCGCGACACAGACCAUCCUGGUGGCAGAGAUACGCGCGGAAGAUGUGCCGCAGCGGGUCUUUGAAUGGUUCGUGAGCGAAAGGUCCCCCGACCCCGAGCGGUUUUUGCGCGACGGUGGUCGGGCUGUCGCUCCCAAUCUGCGAUGGCCUCUACAUGCCUCAUAUCCAAGAAAAGCGGCUUCGUCGACAGACGGGGGGCGUCGUGGCUCACAGUCCCUCUUUGCGGACCCUGGUCCCUGGAACACGCAGCGGGCCCUGUUUCUGCUGCUGCCUCGGGCGCUUUGGGAGAGAAAGAGAGAGGGAUGUUGUGGAAUGCGGAUACGAUCCGAAUCAUCCGAUUCUGCGUGGCCGACAGCCUGGCUUUCAAGAAGGGUGCCGCUCUAUACGCAGCUACCCCGCAGCACGGGCAGGCCAGCACUCGACAAACAUGUCUCCGCUCCUCCUCAAUGUCAUCCAUGAAUUCUUCCCUCGCAGUUGGCUCGCUUGACCAUGCUCAUGUUUCGAAACAUUCCUGUGUAUGCACACCUUCCGCGACAUCAAUACCUGCGAUGCCAAACGUUUCUAGAGGCAGCGCCCUCUCCGACGACGUUCUUCCUCCCCGUCUUUACGGCCGUCACACCGUCACAGUCACGCUGUCAGCGACGCUUUCGCUGUGCUUCCCCUGCGCACAUAUCGACUAUAUCCCAUGAUGCAAUGGACACUAUACAUUGCCUCUAAUUCU